UUUAAAAACGUAUGCAUGCAUAAAGUGAAAUAAAUAAAUAAAUUUUCGCACACAAAUCAGGCGUUAAUGGCAAGCUAACCAGAGGAGAAUGGCUUUUCUUCAGCUUGUUCCCUCUUCGUCGCUCUCUCACAGAGCCGCUUUAAGUUUAAACCCAGCUGUUAAUUUUCCCUCUCCCCUACAUCCAAUCCCUGUAGUAUUUUCUAACAGAACCCAUUCCCUCCGCAGAAACCGCAACUCUCUCCGGUGCUCCUCCUCCUCUUUCUCCGAGAAGCACCAUACUAAUCCUCCGAAAUCAAACGACGUCGUGGAGCUCCCUAUUUUCCCCCUGCCUCUCGUGCUGUUCCCGGGCGGGAUUCUACCCCUACAGAUCUUCGAGUUCCGGUACCGUAUGAUGAUGCACACUCUCCUCCAAACCGAUCUCCGCUUCGGCGUCAUAUACUCCGACGAUUUUUCGGGUGCUGCGGACGUCGGAUGCGUCGGAGAGGUGGUCAAACACGAGCGCCUCGUCGACGACCGGUUCUUCCUCAUCUGCAAGGGCCAGGAGCGGUUCCGAGUGACCAACCUCGUACGCACCAAGCCUUACCUCGUCGCAGAGGUGACAUGGCUGGAGGACCGGCCGUCCGGGGACAGAGAAGAGGAUCUGGAGACGCUGGCGAACGGGGUCGAGGCGCACAUGAAGGACGUGAUUCGGCUUUCGAACCGGCUGGGCGGGAAGCCGGAGAAGGAGGCGAUAGACCUACGGAGGAACCAGUUCCCGACUCCGUUUUCGUUCUUCGUUGGGAGCACCUUCGAGGGUGCCCCGAGGGAGCAGCAAGCUUUGCUUGAGUUGGAGGACACCGCGGCGAGGCUGAAGAGGGAGAAAGAGACCUUGAGGAACACGCUCAAUUACUUGACGGCGGCCUCGGCGGUUAAGGACGCGUUUCCCUCGUCGUAAUCUGAGGUACUGUACUGAAGGUUACUCUCCUUUACCCGGUUUCAAACUUUCAAGGAAGGAUUUAGCAAAGAGCAGUUGUACCAGUAAGUUUGUAUAUUCACUUAAAAAUAUAUUAUUUUAUAUUUUUAUUUUA